UCCCUCUUUUUCUCUAGUCUCAUAGUAUUUACACUUGACAACUCCAGAUCUAGAUCAAGGGAAAUAACAGUAGCGAGAGAGAAGAUGAAAAUGGGAAAGAUGAAUCUCUUUUGUUUCUUUACAUUAGCUCUUGUUCUGGUUUUAUCUUCGUCAGCUUUCGCUAAAUCUAAGGAUGUGACGGAGCUUCAGAUUGGUGUUAAGUUCAAGCCAAAGUCUUGUGACAUUCAGGCACGUAAGGGUGAUAGGAUCAAAGUACACUAUCGGGGAUCACUUACUGAUGGAACCGUUUUCGAUUCAAGUUUCGAGAGGGGUGACCCUAUCGAAUUUGAGCUUGGUAGCGGUCAAGUUAUUAAAGGAUGGGACCAGGGUCUCCUGAGCAUGUGUGUUGGUGAGAAGCGUAAGUUGAAGAUACCUGCGAAACUAGGUUAUGGUGCCCAGGGUUCCCCACCUACCAUUCCAGGUGGAGCUACACUGAUUUUUGAAACUGAGCUUGUUGCGGUGAAUGGCAAACCAUCAAAUGCAGCAGCAGAAACCACAGAUGAUGACGAUGUUGAAGAGAGUGACUUGUAGAGACAUAUUUGAUGUUCUCUUUUUUUUCCCCUUUGUUUGCUGAUGAUUUUUCAGCUUCAAAGUUUUGUAGGUUGAUCUUUUAAGCCGGAGUCUGUAGAUUUAGAUUUAGUUUAUAAAGACACAGUUCCAUCUGGCAAAGCUGAAACUGUUUUCGUUGCUUUUCGUAGGAAAAGAAUGUUUAUCAUAAGAAUAAAUUUAUCGGAAAGUAUUUAGCCACCCUUUCAUCUUGUUC